GAGUUUGGGAGUAUUCCUCCGUCUGCUAUAUUUUGGAAGAGUUUGAGAAGCCUGCUCCUUGCCGUCCUGCGCACACCCACGGUAACCAAAGGCCACCACCAUGACAAGGGACCAGAAUGGAACCUGGGAGUUGGAGAGUAAUGACAACUUUGAAGGCUUAAUGAAAGCUCUGGAUAUUGAUUUCGCCACCCGCAAGAUCGCCAUCCAUCUGGCUCAGACGAAGAUCAUUGAGCAAGACGGCGAUAACUUCAAGACGAAAACCAACAGCACGUUCCGAAACUAUAACUUGGAUUUCACAGUCGGGGUGGAGUUUGACGAGUACACGAAGGGCCUGGACAACCGGAACGUUAAGACUCUGAUCACCUGGGAAGGUGAUGUCCUCGUGUGCGUGCAGAAGGGGGAAAAGAAGAACCGAGGCUGGAAGCAGUGGGUCGAGGGGGACAAGCUGCACCUGGAGCUGACGUGCGACGACCAGGUGUGCCGUCAAGUGUUCAAGAAGAAGUGAUGGCCGUGAGAAGUGGGCCCCUUGUCCCCAGCUUCCCCAGAGCCUCUCGAGGAGCCCCAUGUCUCCGGAUGACCCCUCCCAAGUCUCGCCUUUGCUCACCACAGCCUCAAAUGACCCUCAAAAGCACGCGCUCCAUGCUCCCCGUGAAGAGCUCUCUGCUGGCUUUGGGGAGCAGCCGCAGGAACCCCCUAUUCCUGAUAGAGCCCAUGGAGGCACCUGGAUGGGUUUUAAACAGAACGAGUAUGUGACAGACAUAGUCAGCCUUCCUUGAAAACUGGCAUUAAA